AUGUCUCCCGGCUCCACCAACUCGUCUGGGAAUCUCGCCGGUACUUCCUCCAAGCAGCAGUUCUCACACCCCUCAGAAAAACAUCCCUCCGUUCCAACAUUGCACGCCGGUGCAACACCUCCUCCGAACUCCCCGUUGCUGAAUAGCAUACAAGUAUACUCCACGCGCAUUCCUCAAGCCUGGGUUACGCCAUUUUGCGGAGCAAGCGCUGGGAUCGCAUCAGGGGUUGUGACCUGUCCGCUGGAUGUUAUCAAAACCAAGUUACAGGCACAGGGUGGAUUUCAGCUUAGACGAAAUGGCAAACUGGUGGAAACCGCCAUGUUGUACAAGGGGAUGCUAGGAACGGGCAGGACCAUCUGGAAAGAUGAAGGCAUUAAGGGAUUGUACAGAGGCCUAGGGCCGAUGCUUCUGGGUUACUUGCCAACUUGGGCCAUCUAUUUGACGAUAUACGACCAGUCGAGGGAUUAUUUCUGGGAGAAAACAGAAAAUUGGUGGUUGGCCCGUGGGUACGCAUCACUCUCGGCCGGAGCAUGCUCAACCAUAGCCACAAAUCCCAUCUGGGUGAUCAAGACGAGGCUCAUGUCCCAAAGUUUCACACCGUCGACAAAUGGGUAUAACGCACCUUGGUAUUAUAAAAAUGCACUAGAUGCGGCUCGUAAGAUGUACGCCAGCGAGGGACUAGGUGCAUUUUAUUCUGGCCUUACUCCUGCCCUGCUUGGCCUGUCCCAUGUUGCCAUACAGUUUCCUCUAUACGAAUAUUUCAAAAUGGCUUUUACAGGAUUUGGCAUCGGCGAACACCCGGAUGAAGGGAACACACACUGGAUAGGAAUUAGCGCGGCCACGUUUCUCAGCAAAGUCUGUGCCAGUACGGCUACUUAUCCCCAUGAGGUGUUGCGGACUCGUUUGCAAACGCAGCAAAGAAGCGAGCCCGCUCCAUCGCCCGAAGGAAUCACGUUCCGCGGUGGCUUAGAACAGCCUCAGGAUCAUGGCCGCCCGCCAGGUUUAGGAGCCGGUGCAUCAUCUUCGGAUGGUAUGCGCAACCGCCCGCGUUACCGUGGCGUGAUUCGCACCUGUCAAACCAUGCUUCGAGAAGAAGGCUGGCGCGCGUUCUAUGCUGGAAUCGGAACAAAUCUUUUUCGUGCGGUGCCGGCUGCGAUGACCACGAUGCUGACUUAUGAGUAUUUAAAGAAUAUCAUACAUUACACUCAGCAUGAAGGCGACAGAAUCUUGGCUGAGAAUACGGCGGCAGUUUAUUAA